UCGAGCCAGCAACGAAAGGACUGCUUCAACCAUGGAAACAAGAACCGCAAUUGUACUGGUUCUCUUUUGUUCAUCGUGUCUGAUCCAUCAAGGCGAAGCUAGCACCCCGAGUAACCCGACAAAACAAUUUUACGACGAUAUGGAAACAAGACCCAUUUUGACAUACCAGUGCUAUCACAGUGGCAAUAGCAUUGAUCCACCGGGCUCCAUCAACUACACCAUUCUCUGGGACGGGACCGAUUCAAGCACUACAGAUGCCAGUGGCAUCACCUGGUCCGCGGUAGCGGGAACUCCUAAUUCUUACACUCGAGGAUCUCUUUCGACACAUUAUGACUCCGCUAGUGGUGUUGGUAAACUUUCAACUUCAUCUGUUGAGGAAGACUUGACUGUUGUAGAGCCGUUCGUUGGCAAGGCUCUCUAUUUGAAGAUCGACCUCACCAGUCCAAACACUGAUGAGGUCUACAAGAUUUAUGAUGUGGACUACAAAUGCAAGAACGCCAAGGAACUACUAGCUCAAGUUUGCCCAGACCCAUGCACCUGGGAGCUCACCCGAGAGGUGUAAAACGAUUGAAACUAUAUUAAUGUGUUAAGACACACUGGGUACCCGAUGCAUUUGCUCGGCGUUUCAGUUUAUGAUAUUAAUAAAGAUUACGGUGUGUAGGAAACUCAGGAUUUAUUUUAAGUUACGUUUGAUUAAAAACCCUAUGAGUUUCACCUUGAGGUGUGUUUUUCUUCUAUAUUUUACUGCGUUUCGUUAAAUAAAAUAUCUUACCGAAAAAGUA